AUGGCGCCUGGCCAGGCAAACGGCUCCCUGCACGCAAACCAGCAGCGUGAGCCUCUGCGCACCAUCACUAAUCUCCGGCGGUGGUCAAUUCUAAAUAAGGAGAUUCCAGCCGUGUCACAGGUCAAGGCCGUCCACGUUUACGACUUCGACAACACGCUGUUUAUGAGCCCUCUGCCGAAUCCGCAGCUAUGGAAUGGGAGUACGAUCGGUUUCCUGCAAGCGUACGAGAGCUUCGCCAACGGAGGGUGGUGGCAUGAUCCGAAUCUACUGGCGGCGACGGGAGAAGGGGUGGAUAUUGAAGAGCCACGCGCAUGGGAAGGGUGGUGGAAUGAACAUAUUGCGCGACUCGUGAGCUUGAGCAUGGAACAGAAAGACGCUCUUACCGUCCUGCUUACUGGAAGAAGCGAAAAUGGGUUCGCAGAGCUGAUCAAGCGGAUUGUGGCAAGCAAGAAGCUGGAUUUCGAUCUCAUCUGCCUGAAGCCCGAGGUUGGACCCAACAGUGAACAGUUCGCGUCGACGAUGAACUUCAAGCAGUCUUUUCUUGAAGACUUGAUUCUCACCUACCAGCAGGCCGACGAAAUUCGUGUCUAUGAAGAUCGUCCGAAGCACACGAAAGGGUUUCGCGAGUUCUUCGAACAACUUAACAGGAAAUUUCAAUCCUCACAGGGCUCUCUUUUGAGAAUGCCGAUCCAUGCUGAAGUGAUCCAGGUUGCAGAAGGCUGCGCCUACCUCUCUCCCGUAACAGAGACUGCCGAAGUGCAGCGUAUGAUCAACUCUCAUAACUUGAUCCUUCAGAACCAGUCCCUGAACAGAUCGAAGUCGCCUUUUGGUCGGCUUCGAAUCAAGCGCACUAUAUUUUACACUGGAUAUCUCAUUUCCAGCGUUGAUGCCACUCGGUUGAUCAACCAAGUGCUAACUCCCAUUCUGCCCCCGGGCCUUGCUGAAUCCAAUGACAUCAAGUACAUGGCUAACAGUAUCCUCAUUACCCCGCGUCCGGCGCAAAAGACCAUCCUUGACAGGGUUGGCGGACUAGGCAAAAAACUGACCUGGCAGAUCACUGGCACCGGUAACUUUGAAAACAGAGUAUGGGCUGCCCGGGUGUCUCCGAUCCCUCACGGCCAGCAGGUGUACACAGAAAAUCCCAUCCCCGUGAUUGUACUCGCGAUCCGCAAGGGUGCCCGCCCCAUUGAUGCAGGGAAAAUACAUAACUGGCAUCCCAUCCCGGCUGAUCGCGACCUUACCGUCGAAACGGUCAUCGGCGAGAAGAUGGUUCUCCGUGUCGAGCAGGACAACCCUCAUGAAGGAGAAUGGGAGAGUCAAUUCAUGAAUAAGAGCCAUAAACGGCGUCACCAGCAGGAACGCGAUGAAGACAUCCUGUAUCCGCAGUCCAGAGCUCCGUCUGCGCCAAAUGCUUCUUCUUUCCACCCCCCUGAAGGCCCUUCUUAUUACAAUCCAAGAUCCAAUAAUCACUACUCACGCCAUGAUUACCACGACGACGGACCGCUGCCUCGACGUGGCGGCUCCAGUCGGGGUCGGGGUCGUGGCAACAGCCGCGGCAGAGGCGGCCGCGGACGUGGCAGAGGCCGUGGUAAUCGAGGAGGAGCAGCAGGAGGAGACCAAUCCGGCCCUCCUGGCGGGUAUCGAUCCCUUGACGACUAUGGUGGCUUCGAGCCUGGAAAUGAUGACAAACGUGGUGGACCUAACGGCGGUGCGCCAGUGAUGAACUACUGA